CACGGGGCGUCCUCGCGUCUGGAGAUGUGUGUCGGUUCAGGAUGGAUGAUGGUGGCAAUCGGUGAUUCGAGGAGGAAUCCGGCUGCUCAAGCGAUCGAAGUGCUGGCGCGCAGCCAAACACCGAUUGUUUCGGACUGGUCGGGUGAUUGGGAUCGAUUUUUCGUGCGGCGUGUAAGACGGCAAAAAUGGUCCUGUAACUGUUGACCUCACAGAUCGGAUUUGGGAUGCGGUGACUGCAGUUUCCAGCUCAUCUGUUUCUCCCCUGCUUUUUCUGAUCUCGCGCACCUGGCGGGUUUCUAAAAAAAGCAAAACAGGCAGCUGAAAUGGAUCCGACCACUCUGCGGGUUAAAACGUCGGGUGCAAUCUCGAAUCUCGGGUAUAAUUCACAGGCCAUUGUGUUCGAGGUUACCGUGGUACCUCGACCUAUUAGCAACCGCUAAUCUGAUCCUCCGAGCGUGUGGCAAGGAACGGAAGGCUUCUGGCUGUCACCGAAAGUGGGAAUCGCGCCCAGGCUUGGCCUCUCACUCGGGACUCGCAGUUUGUAUGCUUUUGGGAAUGUCACGCUUGUUCCGUGUGUACACCGGAGAGCACUCGGUUUCUCAGACUAGCUGUGAUAGGGCUAGUGCGAAGAUAUAUGCAGUUUCCUGUUCAGCUUCCACAAUUGUUGUAGUCGCAUGUGUUGAGUGGGACCAGGCAACCCGGGCCAAUGCACAGACAUUGGCGAGUAAC